AACUGAGGUGUGAAUUAAGGCUUUCAUAUGGUUAAUCUAAGCAAUAUCGGCGCGUCGGGUAUUUCCUUGGGGAUUGACUUUUUCUACGGUAUUUUAAUUGCUAAUUGAGGAAAUAAAGCAAAGGACAUUGACAAUGACUCUAAGUUGCUAUAUAGCGGAGCUGAUGAAACAGGAAGAAGAGGUGGGCGUUGAACGGAAAAGUGAGAGUAAUGAAAGUAAGAUUGUCCUGUGGUGGUCAUAUCUUGACUGUAGUAAGUGCACAUGCACCUCAGACCGGGUGCAUGAAGAGAUGAAAAAUAAGUUCUGGAGAGAUGUGGAUGAAGUCAUGACAUCAACAGAAAUAGAAGAAAGGCGCGUCUGCCUCGAUACGACGAAGCGUCCAUCACCAGUUCCGUUAUAGUAUCCUCCUAGCAUAUGGACCCACAAUGUACUAUGUCAAGUGAUUUGCAUGAGGGUAUUAAUGGUGGAAGAGAAGAAGCUUUGAAUAUGAUCACUAAUCCUGAUUUUCAUGAAGAGGAGGAUCCAUCUGAAGGAACUUCCCAUGGCACUCGAGCCCAAAAUUCCAUUGGUGAUCAAGCUCUUACGGGUGAAAGGAUGACCUGGGAACGUACCAGAAAUCAGGAAGCAUCAUCGAAUACUCUCAUAGGACAAGAAACAGAGAAGCAACAAAGGGGAGAUAGAACCAUACCUACAUUGAGCCUGCAAAAACCUAGAGGAAAAGUUGGAAGAGACUUCAACAGCGAAGAAGAUCAUUUGUUCCAGCAGGUUUCUAGUCAGGAACACGGAGAGCGAACUGAACCCCCCAAGAAAGAUUUCGACAGCCAGGACGAUCCAUUUUUCCUGCAGGUAGACAUUCCCCAAGAUCCUCCUCCUAGCUGCUGCUGCAGUGUGGCGCCCGCCGUCGCUGGUGCCUCUGCAGAGAGGACGAAUGCUGAACCUCCGAAGAAAGAUUUCGACAGCCAGGACGAUCCAAUUUUCCUGGAGGUCGACAUUCCCCAAGAUCCCCCCAACUGCCGCGUCGUUCCCGCCUUCCCUGGUGCCUCUGCUGUUUCGUCUGCCCUUGGGAUGACCAGCAGUGUAGCAACUAGCAACCAGCGUUCUCCUCCCCUUCGUCAUAUUAGCGAGGAAUCCAAAACUCAGAAGCCUCCCCAAAAUCCUACAGGCAGCUCAGUAAUAGCAACGAACAAUGUGCAUCCUUCUUGCCAUGCCCCUUAUUCCCGUACAGGAGUGAUAAAUGUCGGUGUAUCCAGUGGAAAGGACCUUGUCCCAACCAGCCAACCUCUUGUGUUUUAUAUUAAUAAAGCUGCCAGCGCAUCGCCAAGCUCUGCAGUGGAAGGGCGAGUGCUACCUUUGAGUGCUCUAAACAAUCAAGUCAUUACUGGAUGUUCUGUAACUGGCUUAAGUACAGGGUAUCAAAGGGAUACAUCACAUACUGUAACCAGUAAAAAACUGGACUGUCCUGCCAAUGAAAAUUCCCAGCGUUUUGUGAACAUCAUGAAAGAGAAUGGUAAAAGGAAGUAUGAUGGUACCCCAAAGCACUUACAACAUUACAGUAGAACAGUGGCCUCCAAUGAGAGAGCUGUUUUGACAAAUUGUACUGAAGAAAGAAACUACCAGUCCUCUAAAAAUUUAGACGGAAGACAGGACAGGCUCCCCUUCUCUGGAAACACUCCAAAUCAUCAGUCAAAGACAGACGCAAGUGAGAGUCUCGCACAUAAAGCCAAUGUCUUGACAUGUCCUGACAACAAGAAUGGCCUCAACUUUUUAGUAAAUUCUAAGGAGGAAGCAAAAGAAGAAAGGCAUUGCAAGAAUGCCAACCAACCUACAAAGAGACCUAGAAAAGGAAAGAAGGACCAGGCGAAGCAGCUUAAUGCAGAACUUGUUUAUUUCGACUUAGAAACCGGUGGACUCAGCGCAGGAGUUGACAUACUGCAAAUCGCAGCUGUGAGCAGUGAGCGCGCGUUUAUGCAGUAUGUAACGCCCACCAAGCCAGUUCAUCCCAGAGCUCAAGAUGUAAACGGACUGAAAAAUGAAAACGGGACUCUCAUGAAAAGAACGUCUGUGAAACCGUUGACGUGGAAACCGUUGGAAACGUUGCCUAUGGACAAAUCUCUGCGAAAGUUUCUCGAGUGGCUGGAAGCUAUAGGCCCGUGUUUCCUAGUUGCUCACAAUGCUACAUUCGACAAGAAGCACUUCCUGUACCACGUGCACAUGUCAGGGGUACACAAGGAGUUUAAGAAGAGUGUCCUUGGCUUUGUCAACACUUUGCCUUUCUUCCGAAACACAUUGCCGGAAUUCAAGACACGAGGCCUUGGGUACAGACAGGAGGUUCUUGCGAAACAUUUGUUGCAAGAAAGCUACGAUGCCCACGAUGCGCUGGAGGAUGUGAAAGUCCUGCAGAAGUUGGUGCAGAAGGUUGACGUGCCAAAACCUGACUUGCUGAAACACAAGUUACCAUUUUAAUGGGUUUCGUUCUUUUUUUCCCGAAAUUUUAUCUCUGAAACUACUUUUAAGCUGUUAAAGUAUGAGAUUCCUGCAGGGGCUGAUAAAAUAAAAGGCCCAUAUGCAUCGCAAAUUUGUUUAAGACACAUCAAAUAUUUUAUUUCUUAAUUAAUGUUUAACUUAAAAAUGAAAUUUUUUAACAAUUGUUACUGAAUUUAAGAAUAUUUAACAUUGAGUUAAAAAUAAUCUUAAUAAUGUGAUCCACGAAAUAUAUAGAUUAAUAUUAAAUUAAAAAGUUGCACUUGCUUUUAUAUAUUUGUAAUUUUAAUUUCUAAGGGACCAAUUCAAGUUAAAUUACAAGCCACUCAAAUAGUUUUGUUUUGAACUUAUUAACACUAGUUUUUUUCUUCCCCAACCUGUUUGUCUUUCUAUGCUUCCAGACCACACACUCCAUGUAUAGGCGGUAAAUGCUGCCAGUGUGCCUUACGUGGUUUGUUAUAGGCAAUUUAGUGUACCUUGCCUCCAGACCACACAUUCCAUGUAUAGGCGGUAAAUGCCGCCAGUGUGCCUUACUUGGUUUGUUGUAGGCAAUUAAGUGUACCUUCCACCUCUUCUAGUUGGGUCCACCUCUAAUUUUGCCUCCAUUCCAGUCUUUCUAACUUAAUUCUUAAAUCAAUUCCUCAUUUAGACUGUCUGACUCCUUUUCACUGUCUUUAGCCCCGAAUUUCCAUAAACUCAUAAGUAGAAGUUGAAACCGUGAAUCAUGAAUCAAAUAAAUGUUCAAAAAGGU